AUGUCAGUCAUUCGAAAUGAUCGUCCAUCUCGCGGUGGCGGUGUUGCUCUCUACUAUCGAGAUUAUUUGAAAUGUGAGGCUCUUACCGAAAAUUCCCUUGUUAUUCCCGACGCACUAUUUUGUCGACUGCACCUAGCAGGUCGAGAUGUUGGUUCACAGAAGAAGAGUGAUGCUUGCCUCUUAGCAGUUAUUUAUAGACCUCCGAACUCAUCAGCAGACAGCGAUAACAUUCUGUUAAACGCCCUCCGCUAUGCUGUUUCACAAAAGUACUCUCACUAUCUUAUAAUGGGUGACUUUAAUGUUCCUUCAAUAGCAUCAAUGUCCCCUAAUGGGCCAUCAUUUAAAUCGAAACUCCUCGAAUUCAUGGAUAUGGCAGUUUUGUAUAACCAUGUGCAUCGACCAACCAGACAUCGCGGUUCAAACAAGCCAUCACUCCUGGACUUAAUCCUGACUAAUGAAGAGUUGAUGGUUGAGUCAGUAGCAUACGAUCCUCCACUGGGCCGUAGCGACCAUUCAGUCCUAACAUUUGGUUAUGUAUGUUAUGCCAGUAUUGUUGCUAAAGAAAGUGAGACUCAACGAACUAUUACGGACUAUUAUAAGCUGCGCAGCUUAGCAGCAACCGUUGACUGGGACCUACAGACGCACAGCUCAGCGAAUGACGCGUGGAAUGAAUUGAAAGACAAAAUUAACUGGGUCAUACAAUCAGCAUCGAAGGUUGUACCAUUACGAGCGUCGCGCCGGACCAAUACGUGGAUCCGGAGCAGAACACGUAAAUGGAUCAACAGAAGAGAUGAAAUCUGGAGGCAACAUUUGCUAAGCCCAUGUGAUAUCACAUGGCAGGAUUACAAAGUCAUCAGAAACUACUGCACGUCACUCAUUAGAGUCGAUAAGUACGAAUGGCAGGAGAAUAUGGUGCUGAAAUUUACGAGUAACACCAAACUGCUAUACAGAUUUGUGAAUGGCAAAAGAAAGGUUAAGCCCGGAAUACCACCACUCAGGACGGCCAGUGGCCUAACAACUACUGCUGUGGAUGCCGCGAACGCUCUACUCUUGCAGUUUGGCUCUGUAGCUACAAAUGUCAUGGAACCUUCGCCCUAUCAACUCCCAACCAAUGUCGUUGGCUUAUCCAGCGUCACCUUUACUCCAGCAGCUGUUGCAAGCAAACUACAGUCUCUCCGGGAGUACAGUGCCCCUGGAAUCGACAUGAUCUGCCCAAAAGUACUAAAAACGCUUGCUCCCACCAUAGCAGCACCACUUGCAACCUUUUUCCAGGGUCUGCUUAACUCCCAUACACUCCCAUCUGAGUGGAAAAAUGGAAUUAUCACUCCAAUAUAUAAAGGAGGUAAGCGCUCGGAUCCUGCUAACUACCGACCUAUUACUCUCCUUCCUGUUUUAUCAAAAGUUAUGGAAUCGGUAAUCGCAGAUGGACUGACGCGAUACUUUGAAAGUCAACAGAUAAUUUCUAAUGCCCAACAUGGUUUCCGACGCAGACGAUCUUGUCUCACCAAUUUGCUGCUUACUCGGGACUUAUGGACCAGGGCGGCUGAUGAAGGAGUGCCCAUAGAUGUGAUAUACCUGGAUUUUUCUAAAGCAUUCGACAGGGUCAAUCACUUCUUUCUCCUCCAAAAGCUUGCUGCCUACGGUAUCAACGGUUCCCUGCUCACCUGGUUGGAAGACUACUUACACGACAGAGCAAUCAAGGUAAGAGUAGCCGACACCUAUUCUGAAAGCCUUUACGUCUCCAGUGGUGUACCACAAGGAUCCGUCCUCGGUCCGCUACUGUUUUUAGUCUACAUUAAUGACCUUCCAGCAAACAUUCUAUCUCCAAUGCAAAUAUUUGCAGACGAUGCUAAAAUAUGGAGAGCAAUUCGCUCAGCAUCCGACCGUGUCUACCUCCAGGAAGAUCUGACCCGGAUUAACGAAUGGGCAGAAAAGAACCAGCUCCCACUGAACCCUGCAAAGUGCCACCUGCUGACGGUGCACAACAGCUUCGUCAACACAUACCUUUUGGGGCAACACGUCAUGCAACACGUGACUAGUGAACGCGACUUAGGUAUAAUCGUGCAAGAGAGUCUUGGAAAUUCGCUCCAAUGUUCGAAAGCAGCAAGUGUGGCGAACUUGAACUUGCGACUUUUGAGGCGAGCUCUCGGCACUUUUGAGCGGCGGCUAGUACCAUUGUUGAUUAACUCCUACAUUCGUCCUCAUGUUGAAUAUGCAAUUCAGGCCUGGUGUCCAUGGUUAAAACGAGACAUCCGCCUCUUGGAACAGCCCCAAAGAAGAGCCACAAAGGCAACGCGUGGACUAUCCGGUCCAAG